AUGUCCUGGCCUCGAUCGCAGCUUCUAGAAAUUGGUGAUCAGACAUGGUGCCCUUCAUGGCUUCAUCAACAUGAGCAAUUCUCUCUCACUCGAUUGUGGAAUCUUAAAGUACCCGGAUGGAGCCGCGGAAGUCUCGCGACGCAGGCAUGUUCAGUGGUCGAGGAGCAUCUGCAAGAUCUUUCUUCUUACACGAUAUUGGAUAUUUGCGCUGGCGCUGGCGGUCCUACCCCGGUGCUCGAAUCUGAGAUCAAUAAAAAGCUUGAGUCUGAAGGCAAGAAACCCGUUCAGUUCAUCCUGAGUGAUCUUUAUCCCCACCACGAAGAAUGGAGUCGCAUCUCGAAGAAACAACAAAAUGUGACAUACAUUGAGAACCGAGUCGAUGCACGAGCUGCUCCUCGAUUUGCGGCGAAAGGCAUGAAAGAGUGUCGAAUUUUCAAUAUCUGCUUCCACCACUUUGCAGACGAGGAUGCAGCGGGCAUUCUGAAGAAUAACAUUGAGUCUGCCGACGCAUUUAUGUGA